AGAUAUGCAUGGAUAUGAAAUUCAGAAUCCUAUUUAUAUUCUUGUUCAUGGCGGACCGGGAACGGGAAAAUCAUUUUUGACUCGCUGCAUAAACAAUGCUGCACAAGAAAUGGAAAUGGAAUACAGCAUAAUGUGCGUUGCUUUUACUGGUAUUGCAGCAGCAAAUCUACCUAAUGGUAGAACCAUACACAAUCACUUCAACUUUACGAUCAGUGACUUGAAGAAAUUGACUUUUGUCCCAGACUUGUCAACGGAUAAAUUAAACCAACUUCGUUCACGUCUUACCACGUCCAAGCUUAUAUUGUUGGUAAUUGAUGAAAUAUCAUAUAUUUCUCCUGAAGCUCUUGGCCAAAUUGACAACCGUCUACGACAACUAAUGGGAAAACCGGAAUCUCCUUUUGGUGGAAUCGCCGUUCUUUUAAUGGGUGAUUUUUAUCAGUUACCACCCGUUUCCGAACCUUUCAAUCUCUAUAGUGCAACUAUGAAACUUCUCGUUGACCGAAAAGAAAUAGAAAAUGGAGAUCCUGGUCCAAGAACUAGAGGAGCUCUUCUUUUUAGCCAAUUUAGGAAAUUUGAGCUUUCACAACAAAUGAGGGCUGCCGAUGACGCUAUUCACACUGCAAUGCUUAAUCAAAUGAGAACGCCUGAUCCUGGAUGUCGCUACAUAAAUUCUGAACACCUUGCCUCAAUAAAAAUUUUGACAACCAACGACAUUCAAGAAGACAAUUUGUGGCAAUGGGCUCCUGUUGUUGUCACCAGCAAUAAAGAACGUGUAUUAAUCAACAACUCACAAUCAAAAUGCUGGGCUUUGCAGAAAAAAACGCCAAGAUUCAUUUGGGAAAUUCCUUUAGUUGGAGAUUUGGCAUCAUCAAUCACGACGAGCAUCCAUCAACAUAUUUACAAGACCAUACUGGAACUAAAGGGUUGUUUUGUAGCUGGUGCCCCAGGUUACCUUACCCAAAAUAUUAAUCCUUCUCUAGGACUUUCAAAUGGAACCCCAGUUAAUUAUCAUUCUUUGACUUUAAGUCCACUUGAAGAUAUGCACAGUGUAAUGGAAAUGAUGGUGAACAACGAUGGAUAA